AUGACAGAUUUUAUAGCAUUAUUAAGAAUAGAACCAUUGAAUGAUUGUAAAAUAACAGCACUAAAGAGAAGUCAAAAAUCACAAUAUGAAGAUCCAACUGAAACUAAUAUUUUAGUUCCCAUUUUCACUCAAGAAGUUUUGAAAAUAGGUAGAAAUAAAACAAAUGAUAUAAAAUUAAAUAAUCCAACAAUUUCUUUGACUCAUGCAAUUAUUUGGUCAGUUAAAUUUGAUUCAGAAUCUACUCCGUUAGUUUAUAUAAACGAUUGUUCAAGAAAUGGAAUUUUAUUCAAUGGUUCAGAAAUGCAGAAUGGUGAAACAAAAUUAUUAAAUGAUGGUGAUCAAAUUGAAUUUAAAACUGCUGCUAUUUUAAGUUAUGAAUGUUUAGUUGAUUCAAUCAGGGAAACUAAUCAUUUAAAAUCAGAUUUUAAAAUUAAUGAUAAUUGGGUUGUAACAACAAAUUUAGUUGGGACUGGUUCAUUUGGUUCAGUUUAUGUUGCAAAAAACUUAGAACAUCCAGAAAAGUUAUAUGCUGUUAAAGUUUUAGGUAACAAACAAUUUUUUUUAAACAAGAGUCCAAUAUCAGGUCAUAAUGAAGUAAAAAUAUUAUCAAAAGUCAAUCAUCUAUAUAAUGCAAUUACGACCAAUUCAUUUACAUACAUAGUUCAAGAUUUAAUAUGUGGUGGUGAUUUAUUUUCUUAUUUAGUUAAAGGUACAACUUUAAAAGCAAUAUCAGAAAGAGAAUCAAUUUUCAUUAUAUUUCAAGUAAUGAAAGCAUUACAAUUUUUACAUAAAAAUCUCAAUAUAAUUCAUAGAGAUUUAAAACUAGAUAAUAUCUUAUUAGAAAUUCCACAACCUAAAACUAAAAUAUAUUUAUGUGAUUUUGGAAUUGCUAAAAAUGUAUCAUUUUCAAAUGGUCGUACAAAUACAUCAGUUGGAACAAUUGAAUAUAGUGCACCAGAAGUUUUUAAACAAGAUUUAAAUGGGAAAUCUACCAAACCAUAUAAUUUCAAAUGUGAUAUUUGGUCAUUAGGUGUAAUCACUCAUAUAUUAUUAUCAGGAAUUUCUCCCUUUUAUUCAGAUCAGAAACAACAUAUUUUGGACUUGACCAGAAGGGGUCAAUUAAAUUUCAAAAGAAAACAAUUUAAUCAAGUAUCUAAUAAAGCACAACUGUUUAUACAAUCUUUAAUACAAAUUGAUAGUGGUAUAAGAUUAGAUAUUGAUGAAUGUUUUGAACAUAAUUGGAUUAAAGCUAAUAGAUUAAAAUUAGAAAGAUUUUAUCGCGAAAAUAUUUUAAAAAAAUAA